GUGGUCCUGUUUCUCUGCUCGCGUGAGUAACUAUUAUUUUAUUGUUGCUGCUGCACUACGAUAUAUCGAGAAGGCUACACAAUACAAGACGCACACACACACGUAAGCGAAACACGCCCAAGUUUUGUUUUCGUUUAUUUCAGAAAGGUAUAUAUCAUCAUGUUCGCGGCGUCUGCGGCAUCGACGGCAUCAACGGCGCAAUGGUUUGAGCCGAUGCAGCGUCAUCGUCCGUUUCGGAUGAUGCCACACGGAAUGUUCAACGACAUCUUUGUCGAUCGUCCGCACCGCAUCGACGUAGAGGGCGAGCGGAUGAAGAUCAACUUCGACGAGAUCAAAACCUCCCUGCCCUACAAGCCCACCACUACCGCCGAGAGCGGCAAUGUGAAGGCGUUGUUGAUCGGCAUCAACUACAUCGGGACGGAGUACCAGCUGAGUGGGUGCGUGAACGACAUUCACACGAUGCUCGAUACGCUGCGGCAGGUUGACUUCCCCAUCACAGAGUCGAGCAUCCUCGUGGAUGACGAGAAGUUUGCCAACGUUACGGCGGCGCCGACGCGGGAGAACGUCAUCAAGUACAUCUCCUGGCUCGUGAAGGACGCGCAGUCGGGCGACGUACUCUUUUUCCACUACUCCGGCCACGGCGCGCAGACCAAGUCGCAGGAGGAUCAAGACGAGGAGUACGAUCAGUGCAUCAUCCCCGUGGACUAUGAGACGAAAGGGUCUAUCCUUGAUGACGAUCUUUUCAAGAUGCUCGUCGAGCCUCUCCCGGAGGGCGUGCGCCUCACCUGCGUGUUUGACUGCUGCCACUCCGCCUCCAUGCUGGAUUUGCCGUUUGGCUUCAUCAGCAACAAAAGCGCCGGCGAGGUCGCCAAUGCGACGACGCACCUCAUGCAGAAGCUACGCGCCAACAACUUCUCAAGGGGCGAUGUGCUCAUGUUGAGCGGCUGCGAGGAUGACCAGACGAGCGCGGAUGUGCAGAACGUUGCCUCCUUCGGGGACGGUGAGACAGGGGCGGGUGGGGCAGCCACGCAGGCGUUCACCUGGGCCCUGACGAACACCGCCGGUCUCGACUACUUGAGCAUUCUGCUCAAGAUGCGCGACGUGCUGAAGGAGAAGGGCUUCACGCAGGUGCCGCAGCUGAGCAGCUCGAAACCUGUGGAUCUUGACAAGACCUUCUCCCUCUUCGGCACCGUGACGGCGAAUGAGGAGCAGCUGCAGCAGUACGUCCCGGAGGAGUUCCGCCGUCCACCACCCCCGCCGCAGGGCUGCCGUCGCCAUAGGAUGCAAUGGGGGUUCGGAUUCGGGCCGAUGAUGCAGCGCCGGCGUGGUGGGAUGAACGGUGGUCCGUCGCGUGGUGCCAUGUGGGCUCAACCCUGCAUGGCCGCUGGUGGCCGGACAGGCAACAACGCCGACGGUAGCGAUGCAGCGCGCGGCUUCGGCAACGGCGGUAGGUACUUCGGUGGGCCGCAGAGUGGCCGCAGUGGUGGUCCGAUGAUGGGCGGUGGCAUGAUGAUGAGCGGUGGUGGUCCGAUGAUGGGCGGUCCGGUGAUGGGCGCCGAAACGAUGAUGGGUGAUGGCAUGAUGAUGGGCGGCGCGCCGUACCGUGGCCGCUACAAUUAG